GGAAAGAUAAUCACGUCCGACACAAAAUCCAGCAAUUCCUUCCCUCUCUCUCUCUCUCCUUCAAAAACAUAAUAAAAAAGACAUUACCUUAUAUACUUUCUAAACCCAUCAGAUUCCACGAGAAAUUCAUGUUCUGAGAGUUCGUCUCCUAAAAAAAAAACAUUAACCUAUUACACACUGCUGUCUCUCUCUUUUUCUAAGGCUGCCUGCUCUUUUGGACUAUUCUCUCUCUCUCUCUGUUUUUAUAUACUAUCUAAAAGCCAAAUAUAGCCACUUCUACCAGACUUUCCUAUUUUCUUGUGCAUUAACUAUCCUCACAUGCUGCUCUGUAUUGACCAAAGGUCUCUGUGACCUAACACUCACGUUAACACAACACAAUUUUCUGCAAACCAUUCGAAGCACUCGGUUUGAAAAAUCAAAGUCAAAACCUUCAUAUUCCUGUUUUCGUGAUCUGCACUUCAUUGGACAACAGUAACUUCUUCUUUCUUGGUACGUUUACGCUAUUAGUUUGUUGGAUCAGAUCUUAUUUAUAUUUUUUAAGAGAAGUGUGUUUGGUAGUUCUUAAAAACCCAUGUUCUCUUUGCUUGGUUUUUUUUUUUUGUCAAAAUAUUUGUUCAAAGUUGAUUCUGAGUACUGUAGUUUUUGUUCUAGAUCUGCCAGACGGUUUUUUCCGUUGAUGAUUGAAGAAAGUCGGUCAGUCAAAUAGGCAAAUACCCACGUGGUAAAAUUUAGACAGUUUUGUGUUAUGCAUUUAAGUUGUGAAGGAAAGGUUAAUAAUUGUCCAAAAUUUUGAGUCUUGGAAGGGUUUUCAAUCCCCAAAGGCUUUUUGUCGAUUGGGGUUUGAGAAAAAACAGAAUACCCUGAACUUGAAUUGUAGUGUACUUUUAGUAUCAGUGUGCAAUCCACAAUUGUGCCAUUAGAGGAAACGUGAAGGAAAAGGCGGUUUUGGAUUGGGUUUUGUGAAGAAAACGAAUACCCGGAACUUGAAUUUUAGUGUACUUUUAGUUUCAAUAUGCAAUCCAGAGUCGUGCCAUUAGAGGAAGACAAGGACCCUGUGGUUACAAACCGGACAACAAACCACUCCAAAGCCUUGCCGCUAAGGCUGUUUCAGAUACUCAUGCUGUUUUUGGCUCUGUGCAUUGCCUUCUCGGUCAUUAGUAUAUAUACAAUUCGGCGUUUUGGUAUUCAAAGUGUAGUGACAACGGUUAAGUCUUCAUUCCAGCCAUGCUAUGAGGAACCUAAUAGUCUUCAGCAAUGGAUUAGGCCUCCAUCAAAUUUAAUCCAUACUAUGAGUGACAAGGAGCUGUUGUGGAGGGCGUCUAUUGUGCCUCGGAGAAAGAAGUAUCCUUUUCGGAGAGUUCCCAAGGUUGCAUUUAUGUUUUUGACUAAGGGACCAUUGCCACUGGCACCUUUGUGGGAGAGGUUUUUGAAGGGACACGAAGGGCUUUUUUCGAUAUAUGUUCAUUCAUUGCCUACAUUCCAUGCCAAUUUUCCACCUUCAUCAGUUUUUUAUCAGAGACAGAUUCCUAGCCAGGUCUCUGAGUGGGGAAGGAUGAGUAUGUGUGAUGCUGAGAGAAGACUCCUUGCUAACGCAUUGCUUGAUAUCUCCAAUGAAUGGUUCAUCCUCCUUUCUGAAUCAUGCAUUCCUCUCUAUAAUUUCAGUGUCAUAUACCACUAUAUACUGAAAUCCGGAUAUAGCUUCAUGGGUGCAUUUGAUGAUCCUGGGCCAUAUGGGAGAGGACGCUAUAAUGAUAACAUGGCACCUGAGGUAGAUAUUGCCCAGUGGCGUAAAGGAUCCCAAUGGUUUGAAGUUAACAGGAAGCUUGCCAUCUACAUUGUCGGAGAUACUACAUUUUACCCGAAAUUUGAACAAUUCUGUAGACCGGCAUGUUAUGUGGAUGAGCAUUAUUUCCCCACCAUGCUAACCAUUGAAGCAGGGAACCUAUUAGCAAAUAGAAGCAUCACUUGGGUGGAUUGGUCGAGGGGUGGACCCCACCCAGCCACUUUUGGAAGAUCAGAUGUCACGGUAGAGUUCUUUAAAAGAAUUGUUGAAGGUAAAAACUGCACUUACAAUAAUCAUGCCUCUUCAAUUUGUUUUCUCUUUGCCAGAAAAUUUGCUCCAAGUGCCUUGGAACCUCUAUUACAAUUAUCACCAAAGGUUUUGGGCUUCUGAUUAUAAAAUCCACAAUCAAUUUCACAUCUUGAAGUGAAAAUUGCCACAGCAGAAAAGGUUCAAAGGGAGAGUGCAAGACUAAAUUCUGUGCAUCAUACAUGUUUUUAAUGGUAUAAAUUUAACCUCAAUUGUGAUAUUGGGUUUUUUUUUUUUCCUUAUACAUUGAGUUCUUGGACAAUGCUACUAUCAAUAACAAGUUUAGAUGUACAGAGAACUAGCAUUUAGCAUCAUUCUCACAUUUUUGUAUUGCAAUAUUAUUUUUAUGA